AUGUCUGACUCAGUAAUUCUUCGCAGUGUGAAGAAAUUUGGAGAGGACAAUCAUGGUUUUGAGUCAGACAACUCAUAUAACAAUGAUAAAAAAUCAAAGUUACAAGAUGAGAAGAAAGGUGGUAGCAGUCAAGUUGGCUUCUUUCGAUUGUUUCGAUUUUCUUCAAAGACUGACAUUUGCCUGAUGUCUGUGGGAAGUUUAUGUGCACUUCUCCAUGGAAUAGCCUAUCCAGGCGUGCUACUCAUUUUUGGCACAAUGACAGAUGUUUUUAUUGAGUAUGACAUGGAAUUACAAGAACUCAGUAUCCCUGGAAAAGCAUGUGUGAAUAACACCAUAGUGUGGACAAACGACUCCCUCAACCAGAACAUGACAAAUGGGACACGCUGCGGGUUUCUGGACAUUGAAGCUGAAAUGGUCAACUUUGCCAGUUACUAUGCUGGCGUCGCUGUUGGAGUGCUUGUCACAGGAUAUUUUCAAAUAUGCUUUUGGGUAAUUGCUGCAGCUCGUCAGAUACAGAAAAUGAGAAAGUUUUACUUUAGGAGCAUAAUGAGGAUGGAAAUUGGAUGGUUUGACUGCAAUUCAGUGGGAGAGCUAAAUACAAGAUUUUCUGAUGAUAUUAACAAGAUCAAUGAUGCCAUUGCUGACCAAAUGGGUAUUUUCAUUCAGCGCAUGACCACAAGCAUCUUUGGGUUCCUGAUGGGAUUUUACCAGGGUUGGAAACUGACCUUGGUUAUUAUCUCUGUCAGCCCUCUCAUUGGGAUUGGAGCAGCCAUCAUUGGUCUGAGUGUGUCCAGAUUUACCGACUAUGAAUUAAGGGCCUAUGCCAAAGCCGGCUCAGUUGCUGAUGAAGUCAUAUCAUCUAUCCGAACAGUGGCUGCUUUUGGUGGUGAGAAAAAAGAGGUUGAAAGGUAUGAGAAAAAUCUUGUGUUUGCCCAGCGCUGGGGAAUUAGAAAAGGGAUAGUGAUGGGAUUCUUUACUGGAUUCAUGUGGUGUCUGAUCUUCUUGUGUUAUGCGCUGGCCUUCUGGUACGGCUCCAAACUUGUCCUGGAUGAUGAAGAAUAUACACCAGGAGCUCUUGUUCAGAUUUUCCUUAGUGUCAUAGUAGGAGCUUUAAAUCUUGGCAAUGCCUCUUCCUGUUUGGAAGCCUUUGCAGCUGGGCGUGCUGCAGCCGCCAGCAUCUUUGAGACAAUAGACCGGAAACCCCUCAUUGACUGCAUGUCAGAAGAUGGUUACAAGCUGGAUCGAAUUAAGGGUGAAAUUGAAUUCCAUAAUGUGACCUUCCACUAUCCUUCCAGACCAGAGGUGAAGAUUUUAAAUAAACUUAGCACAGUUAUUAAAUCAGGGGAAGUCACAGCUGUGGUAGGAUCCAGUGGAGCUGGGAAAAGCACGGCGCUGCAGCUCAUUCAGCGAUUCUAUGACCCCACUGAAGGCAUGGUGACCUUGGAUGGCCAUGACAUUCGUUCUCUUAACAUCCAGUGGCUCAGAGCUCAGAUUGGGAUAGUGGAGCAAGAGCCUGUUCUGUUUUCCACCACCAUUGCAGAGAACAUUCGCUAUGGCAGAACAGAUGCAACAAUGGAAGAUAUAGUCCGAGCAGCCAAGGAAGCCAAUGCCUACAACUUCAUCAUGGACCUGCCACAGCAAUUUGACACUCUUGUUGGAGAAGGAGGAGGCCAGAUGAGUGGUGGCCAGAAACAAAGAAUAGCCAUUGCCAGAGCCCUUGUUCGAAACCCGAAGAUCCUGCUUUUGGACAUGGCCACCUCGGCACUGGACAAUGAGAGUGAGGCCAUGGUGCAAGAGGCGCUGAGUAAGGUUCAGCAUGGGCACACAAUCAUCUCUGUCGCUCACCGCCUAUCUACAAUUAGAGCUGCAGACGUCAUUAUUGGUUUUGAACAUGGUACAGCGGUGGAAAGAGGCACCCAUGAAGAACUGUUAGAAAGGAAAGGCGUUUACUUCACUCUAAUAACUUUGCAAAGUCAAGGAGACCAAGCCUUUAAUGAAAAAGACAUAAAAGAUGAAACCGAAGAUGCCUUACUUGAGAGAAAACAGACCUUUAGCAGAGGGAGCUACCAGGCUAGCUUAAGAGCGUCCAUCCGACAACGGUCCAAGUCUCAGCUUUCUUACCUGGGACAUGAAUCGUCGUUAGCACUUGUAGAUCAUAAGUCUACUCAUGAACAAGACAGAAAGGACAAGAACAUUCCUGUGGAAGAAGAAAUUGAACCAGCCCCAGUGAGGAGGAUUCUGAAACUCAAUGCUCGAGAAUGGCCCUACAUGCUGGUAGGGUCUGUGGGUGCGGCUGUCAACGGGACAGUCACACCCAUGUAUGCUUUUUUAUUCAGCCAGAUUCUUGGGACUUUUUCAAUUCCUGAUAAAGAAGAACAAAGAUCACAGAUCCACGGUGUGUGCCUGCUCUUUGUAGCAAUAGGCUGUCUCUCUCUUUGCACUCAGUUUCUGCAGGGAUAUGCUUUUGCCAAAUCCGGGGAACUUCUGACAAAAAGGCUACGUAAAUUGGGUUUCAGAGCAAUGUUAGGGCAAGACAUCGGCUGGUUCGAUGACCUCAGAAAUAGCCCUGGAGCCCUGACAACACGGCUUGCUACAGAUGCUUCCCAAGUUCAAGGGGCUACCGGCUCUCAGAUCGGGAUGAUGGUAAACGCCUUCACUAACAUCGCUGUGGCCAUGAUCAUUGCCUUCCUCUUUAGCUGGAAGCUAAGCCUGGUCAUCGUGUGCUUCUUCCCUUUCUUGGCUUUAUCGGGAGCCAUACAGACCAGAAUGUUGAUGGGAUUUGCCACUCAUGACAAGGAGUCUCUGGAGAUUGCAGGACAGAUUACAAACGAAGCCCUCAGUAAUAUCCGUACUGUGGCUGGGAUUGGAAAGGAGAGGCAGUUUAUAGAAGCGUUUGAGGCAGAACUGGAGAAGCCAUACAAGACAGCCCUCCGAAAAGCGAAUAUUUACGGACUCUGCUUUGGUUUUUCCCAGUGCAUCGUAUUUGUUGCUAAUUCUGCUUCCUACAGAUAUGGAGGUUACUUAAUUCCCAAUGAAGGGCUCCAUUUCAGUUAUGUGUUCAGGGUGAUCUCUUCAGUUGUCCUGAGUGCGACAGCUCUUGGGAGAGCCUCCUCUUACACACCAAGUUAUGCCAAAGCUAAAAUCUCAGCUGCUCGCUUUUUCCAACUGCUGGACCGACGACCCGCAAUCAAGGUCUACAGCAGUGCAGGUGAAAGAUGGGACAACUUCCGGGGACAGAUUGACUUUGUUGACUGUAAAUUUACAUAUCCUUCCCGACCUGAUGUACAAGUUCUGAAUGGUCUUUCAGUGUCUGUUGGUCCAGGGAAAACCCUGGCAUUUGUUGGGAGCAGUGGAUGUGGUAAAAGCACCAGCAUUCAGCUGUUGGAACGUUUCUAUGAUCCUGACCAAGGGAAGGUGAUGAUAGAUGGGCAUGACAGCAAAAAUGUAAACGUCCAGUUCCUCCGCUCAAACAUUGGAAUCGUUUCCCAGGAACCAGUGUUGUUUGCCUGUAGCAUAACGGACAACAUCAAGUAUGGAGACAACACCAAAGAAAUUCCCAUGGAAAAGGUUAUAGAAGCUGCGAAGCAGGCUCAGCUGCAUGACUUUGUCAUGUCCCUCCCAGAGGUAGAAUAUGAAACUAAUGUUGGGUCCCAGGGGUCUCAACUCUCUCGAGGAGAGAAACAACGUAUUGCUAUUGCUCGGGCCAUCGUACGGGAUCCGAAAAUCUUGCUACUAGAUGAAGCUACUUCUGCCUUAGACACAGAAAGUGAAAAGACGGUGCAAGUCGCCCUGGACAAAGCGAGAGAAGGUCGAACCUGCAUUGUCAUUGCCCAUCGUCUGUCCACCAUCCGGAACUCAGAUAUCAUUGCUGUCAUGUCACAGGGGGUAGUGGUUGAAAAGGGGACCCACGAAGAACUGAUGGCUCAGAAAGGGGCCUAUUACAAACUUGUUACCACAGGAGCCCCCAUCAGCUGA